CACAAUUUAUCAUCCCCAUUCUCAUACUUACUAAGUUAUAUAUAUUCUCUGAUAAAUAUAUAUAUCCAAACAUCAAACCAUGACAACAAAUGCAUGCAAAUUCAUUUGCCUCAUUUUCCUCUUUGCUUUCGUCUCCCAAGGAUUUGGGUGUCAAGGAUCCUUUGAGGAUAUAUAUCUGAAACAAUCGAAAACCGGAAAAAUGAUCAAGAACACACCAGAAUGGGAAGUGAGAGUGACGAACCCUUGCACCUGCACAGGCACUGACAUAGUUUUGACAUGUGUCGGUUUCAAAUCGCUCACACCCAUCGACCGUUCGCAGUUAUCGAUAUCCGGUAACGAGUGUAAGAUGACCAACAAUCUAUACGGCCAUAGUGACUUCGUUUUCAAAUACGUAUGGACCAAGAAGUUAGAUAUCAAAAUGGAGUCGGGCGGAAUCGCUUGCUCUUAAAUUUUCUGCCCUCAGUUUAAUUUGGUAUUUGUUCAUGUUUGUUUCGUUGAUGAGCAUGUAAAACUGAUGAUCAUUAUUAUAUAUAUAUAUAUAUAGAGAGAGAGAGAGAGACUAAUAAAGAUGUACACGUUUUAUUAUUGAGUUUUAUGUCAUUUUAUUAGUCGUAUUACUGUUCACAUUUUGGUGACCAAACAACUGUAGUGUUUAUCGUUUUAUUUCUCUAAGCCACACUUUCAUCUAGGCCGUUAAAAAAACAGUACUCGUUGCAACUGCAUUAUUCGAUCACACUUUCAUGAUCAUCUAACUAUCUAAGAAAUGAUCAACAUACGUAGUUUAAUUUCUCCAUGAAUGACAGUACAAAUAAAGACAGUAACCACGUAAUGAGCAAGGAGAUAAAACACCUUCCGCUACUUUAAAUGUCAUAAAUGGAAUUGAAGAUGUGUCGACCAACUUUGGUUUGAUCAUUUAAUAUAAGUGUGUUUCAAAAAAAAAAAAAGGAAUUGAAGAUGUGUUGACCAGCCAUGAGCCAUUUACAAGCAGUCAACAAGUAAUUAAUAUACAUUGCCAACGGGUCUAAAAAUACUCCAUUAGUUUCGUAAUAAAAUAUGUUUUGAUUAAAAGUACAAAGAUUAAGAAAUUUAUUUUGUAAAAGAAAAUAAUAUUAAAAAUAUAAAAAUUUAAAUCAAGUUAACCAAUAUUCAUGCAGUAACAUAUUAUUAGUCAAUCAAUUUCAACAAAAUUAAAAUUAUCUUAAAAAAAUAUUAAUUUUAUAUUAUCAAACAUCAAAUUUUCUAUAUCAGAUACUCAAUCGGUUUCAAAAUAGUUAUUGUUUUAGAGUUUUGCACACAAAUUAAGAAACUAGUUAAAUACUCAAAUUUAUCCUUGUUUAACCAUUAUAAUUGCAUAACAUUUAUUGUUUAUCUUAGUUUAAUUAGAGGUAAAAUAGAGAAAUUAAUAGAAAAUUACAUUGAAAUCAUAAAACGACACUUACUUUUUAACAAAAAAUUUAUGUUACAACGACAAUUAAUUUGAAAGGGAAAGAGUUUUUAAUAUAAGUCGUUUUAGAGAAACUCUUUUGUUCCAUAUUAUAUGUCGUUUUCGGUUUUCUAUGUAAAAUUUAUUAAUAAUUAAUGUUGUCUGACCAAUGAUAAUAUAUCUUCUAUUUUUCUAUUGGUUGAAUUGUGGUUAGGUAAAUAAUUAAUGAUGUUUUUGUUUAGAAAAUAUAAGAAAUUAAUAAUUUUCUUAAUCUAUGUGCAUAGCUGUAACACAACUUAUAUUAAAAAACGGAAGGAGUAUUACAGAACUGAUGGAGUAUAUUUAGUUACAGGAUUGUCGUUUCUUUAUUAAUUGUGUUUAUAUAAUAUAAUAUAGUUCCAAUAAAAAGUUUAUAGAUUCUAAUGAAUUCAAGAAUUGUAACUCUAUUAGUUAUUAAUUACGGAAGCAAGAGACUUAACGUUAACAUUAACACACGCAAUGGCUAUAUAAAUUUGACCGAUUCGUUUCUCAUUCUCCAUCUCUUAAAAACAAAAAUCACAAUGGCGUUUGCUCAUAAGUAUUUUGUUAUGUUUCUACUUCUAUCUAUCGUUACUCAAGGACACUGCCGCUGCCGUUCCACCGACCUCCAGAUCGGCGGGGUGAGGACCGGGAGAUAUAUUGCCGCACAACCGGAGUGGAAAGUGACGGUGGUCAACACGUGUAACUGUCCUCAGAAGCAGGUGAUUCUCACAUGCGAAGGGUUUGCUCCUGUGAAUCCUGUCAAGCCAUGGCUACUUCGCCCACAAGGAAAAGCGUGUCUUUUGAUUAAUGGAGAAGUUAUGCCAGCUGGAGGCACAGUUGAGUUCGCUUAUGCCGGCGAGCCUUACAUCUUCAGACCCGUCAGCUCCAGGGUCAAAAUAAGUUGCAUGAAUUAAUAAUUUCUUUUGCUAUUACAACUUUCUGAUUCAUGUCGGUGAACAAGGUUACUAAGUUUCUAGCGUCUCAAGAAAUAUGACUUUUGUUUUUGCCAAGAUAUUGAUGUGCCCAUCCUUAUUUGUAAAACUUGAGUUACAUACAGAAGAGGUUAAACAUUCACAGAGAAACAAAGUAUUAUAUCA